CGCCCUCAAGAGGUCAUUUACCAUUGUGUGCAUGUGUGCAGAUAUUUGUGUGAAAGACUCGUCAAAAAUGAAGGACGUUUCGGGUUUUCUCACAGAACAGCAGCGAAAAAGCAGCCCAGAAAUUUCGGCAGAAUGGACGGAAAUGGAAGAGAUGUAUAACAAAAAGCUUUGGCACCAGUUGACACUGAAACUUCUCAAGUUCAUCAAGGAUCCAGCAUUCGCUGAAGGAGAUGGAUUAUUACAGCUUUAUGAGAAUUUCUUGAGCGACUUUGAGCAUCGGAUUAACCCACUGUCUCUGACAGAGAUGGCCAUUAUCAUCGUCAAACAGAUCAAAGAUUACUCAGAAGCACUGGCUUUCUUGGAUAAAAUCAAAGACAAAGUCAAGAGCAAUGAUGAAGCAGUGGUUCUAUGCAUGACCUGCUCGGCCAUGAUGAAACUAGGGGUCAAUGACCUGGAAGGAACCAAGGUUUUAGUUGAAGAGGCACAGGAGAAGCUGGACAACCAGGACGGCAUCACGACGGUUCACGGCCGCUUCUACAACCUGUCUAGUAAUUACUACAAGCUCAUGGGAGACUAUGCCAAGUACUAUCGGGAUGCUCUCCGGUUCCUAGGAGUCACCAAGCUGGAAGAUAUUGGGGCGGAUGAAAAGAAGGAGCGAGCCUUCAACUUAUCACUAGCUGCUCUGCUCGGAGAAGGGAUCUACAACUUUGGAGAACUGCUUGCACAUCCUAUUCUGGAGACCCUUGCCGCAUCCGACAAGAAGUGGCUGGUUGAUUUGCUCUAUGCCUUCAACAGCGGUAACCUGGACCAGUUUGAGUCUACCACGACCGUCUGGAAACAACAGCCUGACCUCGCAGUCAGCGAGCUACCAUUGAGACAGAAGAUCUCCCUCUUGUGUCUGAUGGAGAUGACCUUCAAGCGACCCGCCGACAAUCGCAGUAUCUCGUUUGAGGAGAUUGCCCGCGAGGCUAAACUGCCACUGAAUGAGGUUGAGAUUCUUGUGAUGAAAGCGUUGUCCCUCGGCCUAGUGAAGGGAUCCAUAGAUCAAGUGGAGCAGAAAGUGCACAUGACAUGGGUACAGCCCAGGGUGCUGGAUAUACAACAGAUUUCCACAAUGCAAGAUAAACUACAACACUGGUGUAAGGACGUCAAGAACAUGCAGAUAUUACUGGAAGACAAGGCGCAUGACAUUAUUGAUAGGAUGUAGACAUGGUAGAUAGCAAGAAUCUAGGUUGUUUACUUAGGACAAGAUUGUAAUGACAGGUGUUUGUAAGUAGGCAAUGAUGUCUCCCUCCCAACCCC